UCUCCAGAGUCCUAUAACCCCUUUAAUUACCCCGUAACCCUGGCCAGUCCAGCCUCCUGUUUAGUUCAGCCCUCCUCUAGUACUUAAAGUCCUCGCCAGCACCUUCUUGUCUUCUCCAGCCUCAGGAAUAGGUCACUGCUGAAGCCACUGCAUCAGGAGCACUGAAGUCUUGGACAUGUCCAUUGCUAACGCGGCCGCUCAGGCUGUGCUGUCUGAUGCCCUGCUUCGAGACAGCAAUGGAGACAACCGCAUCCGCCACCUGGAACUGGAGCUGCCCUUAGACAAAGUCAUCAAGUUUGUGUCUGUGGGACUUCCACUGCUGCUGGUGUCUUUGGCAUUUGCACGAGAAAUCUCCAUCGGUCCACAGAUUAGCUGCUUUCCUCCCAGCAACUUCACAGUGAAGCAGGCUGCAUAUGUAGACACAUACUGCUGGGACUCGCUGAUGCACCAUGAGUCUGACACAAAUGGAAACUUCGAAGAGCGCUCGCUGUGGGUGCACAAGAUAUUCCCCUACUCCUUGCUCAUGAUGGCAAUGAUGAUGUACCUGCCAGCUCUGAUCUGGAAGUUCCUGGCUAUGCCAAGCCUGGGCUCAGACCUGCUCUUCAUCAUCGACGAGCUGGACAAGUCCUACAACCGCUCGGUGCGUUUGGCUCAGAGCAUCCUGGAUCUCAAACAAAAAGCGGAGAACCUGCAGGAGUUCCAGAUGGAGUUGCAGAGAGCCAAGAGGAAACGUUACUUUGAUUACCCCCUGCUGGAGAGGUACAUGCAGUGCAAACAUGGCUCCUACUUCUUGGUCAGCAUGCUCUUCCUGCGCGGCUUCCUCUUGCUGACCUUUAUGUCCACCGCCUGCCUUUACCUGGUCUACUUCCACCUCUCGGCCUUCCUACAGGACGAGUUCAGCUGCUUCGUCCGCACCGGCCUUCUCCGGGAGCAGUCAUGGGUGCCGGAGCUGGUCCAAUGUAAGAUGACCAGCCUGAUGGUCUUCCAGGUCAUUAGCGUGGCUAGUGGUGCCAUCUAUGUGUUGCUAGCUCCAGUCGUCCUCUUCAGUCUGCUGCGGCUCUUCUGCUGGGACACCAACUUACUGUCCCUGUAUGAGGUGCUUCCUGCCUUGGGCCUCGUCAGUGGCCAGAAGCUGGGCUGCCCACUCAAUGACCUGAACGUACUUCUCCUGUUUCUACGGGCUAACGUGGCACACCUUCGCUCCUACGGCCGCCUCAGGGCCCUGUGCUCUCUGGCUCCCCCUCAGGUGCAGAAGGGUAAAGGCAUGCUGACGGAAGAUCAGGCUGAGGAGGCAGCUGAGGCGGCUGAGGAGCUGGAGGAAGAGCUGAGGGAGGCCAGGGAGGAGGGCAAGCACAACCUGGUGGACAUCAUGACUGUGCUCGGGGCUGCCAGGGGGAACGUGGUGAACUGCCCUGAAGAGCGCCCUCUGGUGGAGGAGAACAUGACGCUCGAGCCUAACCACCAGGGGUACCAUGAAUUGAAGGAGACCACAACAUGUUGUUUUGGCUAAGCAUCCGUCAAUGGACUGAACCAUCAUUGUAAGAGGGUUGCAUAUUAAGGGGAGACACCAUAGAUUAGCCAGAUCCCAUCUAUACUACACGUUAUCCUGUAGUUUGAUUGAAAGAAAAAAAAAAAACAAAUCUUGGACUGAGAUUUUCCAUUGACUGUUCUUUGUAGGUUCAGACUGAAUCUUUAUAGACCAAAGUACCUCAGGAAAGCCCAGGAAAUCCUCCAAAAAAAGCCUCCAUUAGAAUGAAUCGCUUGAAGAUGUUUGUUUUCUUUAUUUAUUCUUAUGUUAUUUGUCUGUGAUAAUCUCUCUCUUUGUUGUAUCUUUUGGCUCUUGACCAAGAUCUUUACUUGACUUUUUCCCCCAUCUAUAAACAGUUAAAAUAAAGUUUCUACUUGUAUUUUUA